AAAACAAUUUGGCAAUGCUGAUGUAGCAUCGCCGCGCGCCGUUGCUAAGGGCGAGUGUGGCGGCACGGCGUGAGUAUGGCAGCCCUCUGUUACACGCAAGGAAGCUCAAAAUUAUGCACGUAGCUGAUUAAAUGAUUCUCACGUCCAGCUUCCCCAAGUCUUAGCAGUGAAGGCAAGCGGAGUGUGAACACCAUAUCAGAUCAUCAGGUGAGAUAGAAAACGAAGAGGAUUCAGAACGCAAGCCAAGGCCAGGCACUACUGUAGUUGUGGACAAGACAGCUUCAGUUGCCGUCCAUAAAGUUACAAGCCAGUGAGGUGAACUCAUCAUUACACAGCCCUCAUGAUGCCUGGCACGAACUCCACAGGUGGCUUCAGCUUUAGCCAGCCACAGACAGCACCAGUACAGAGCACCAACAAGAGCCUCUUUAGCACCAGCGGUGGAGGAUUUAGUUUUGGAACUGGAACAUCCCAGGCAACAACCCAGCCCCAGCAAGGUGGCUUCAGCUUUGGCCAGCCACAGACAGCAGCAGCACAGGGCACCACCAAGAGCCUCUUUGGCACCAGCGGUGGAGGAUUUAAUUUUGGAACUGGAACAUCCCAGGCAACAACCCAGCCCCAGCAAGGCACGAACUCCACAGGUGGCUUCAGCUUUGGCCAGCCACAGACAGCAGCAGCACAGGGCACCACCAAGAGCCUCUUUGGCACCAGCGGUGGAGGAUUUAGUUUUGGAACUGGAACAUCUCAGGCAACAACCCAGCCCCAGCAAGGCUCCCAGGGUUUUGGCACUGGCAGCACCACAGUAGGCUUUUCUCUUGGCCAGCCAGCAGGCACUAGUGCCCCCGGGAGUGGGUUCGGCUUCAGCUCCACUACUCCUGCAGCACCAGCCACAACCACGAGUAGCUUCAGUUUUGGCCUGGGCACAAGCACGGCGGCACCGGCAGCUGUUGGCUUCACCCAGCCCAUUGCCUCAAUAGCUCCGGCCUCUGCUGCAUCCACUCUCUCAGGGUUCUCCUUUGGGAACCCGCCAGCUGCUGGCACCACCACAACCUCCGCCACCCCCAGCUUUUCCUUUGGUCUUGGUGGGCUGGGAGCAACUAGCACGCCAUCACUCUCGUUCUCUGGAGGUACAGUUACCCCUGCCAUUACUACAGCAGCUGCCAUCACAGCUGGCUUCCCUUCCAGCUCCUUGGGUCUUGGGGGAGCACAACCACCCUCAGCCAGCACAGAUGUAAAUAGCUCUGGCUCCAAGACAAGUGGCAAGUCAACCAAAGACCAUCAGCUUCCCCCAGACCUGUUUGCCACCAUUUCUAUCUUUGAGUCAAGGAAAAAUGCAGAAAAUGCAGCAUCAGAAGAGAACAUUCGACAGACUGCUGCACCUUUCCACAAGAUUGGGGAGAAGGCAAAAGAGAUUCAAAAAGUGUUAGCAGAAAUAGCCAGUGACCACCUGCAGCUUCAGGCAAACACCUCCAACCUGAAGGGGGAGGUGAUGAAGGAAGCAGAGCAUGUGGAGAUGGCGAAGAGGACCAAGGAGAUCCCUAUGGCCCUUCAGGGGGACAACAAGGCUCCUGAGAUAUUCUUCAUCAACUUGGUGCGCUCCUUUGAGGCAGAGAUGAUGUACUUUCGAACUAAGAUAGAAGAGGUGUCCCAGUGCAUGCAGGCAGCCAGCAAUCCAUGCGAGACUGAGGAAGACAUUGCCGAGGUGCUGCAGCGGGAACACGACACCUUGAAGGAUCUGGCGGCCAAAGUGUAUGCCAAGCACAGCCAGCUGGUGGAGCUGAGCCAUCACCUCAAGACCAAGGCAGGCCCCAAUGAACAAGAAUUUUUCCGACCACAGGCCAAGGAAAACACCAAGACUCCUGCCUCGUCUGUUGUGCGGCCUGUGCUGGGGGGUGGAGGCAGUGGCUUGUUGGCCUUCCAGGAGCAGCAGCAGCGGGCCAAGGCUGUCACCCUGGGGGCUGCUCCGCCCACGCUUCCCCUCGCUCAUACUACCACGCCCUCCAUAUUCAGUGGCAGCUCUAACACCACCUCCAUGUAUACCCUUGGGCCAUGCUUUGGAAACACAGGGUUCGGCCAAACUGGCAACACUACCUUUGGGAUGAAGCCUCUGUUUGGAAGCACUCCAACAAACUUUGGCAGCACCGGCACUCCAGGAGGGUUGCAACAGAGUAGCACCACCAGCACCUUCACCCUCAACCCUCCCUUCAACACCAAGUCUUUUGUUUGAAUCUGUGAAGUACUGUGAGUAUGGUCCGUAUCCUGAAAUAUAUCUGCACCACACUUCACUACUUUCAAAAGAUUUCUAGUUAAAGCUACAUGGAUUUUUAAAUGUGUUUUUAUGGUUCUAGUGACAGAUUAACAGGAUUUCUACAUUAUUAAAAGAAGACACAGCCUUGAGAACCCAGUUAAUCAUCUGUGUUGCCUUUAAAAAUAGUUGAAGAUAAUCUGAGCCUGUCUACUCAAAUGUUUCCCCAGAACUGGACAGUCAAAGGAAAUAUCUCCCUAUGUAGGACCUUAGCAAAGAUCACUAAGCUUGAGACCUUCCUGCUUUGACAUUCAGACAUAUUUGCCAGGCUGCAUGAAUGACUGUGUGGAAUGUGAGGGAAGUGAAUGAAGAAGACAUGGAACUUUGUAAAUUAAUUCUCAGAAAGGUGGGAUGUGUGAAUAGCUAUGUUGUCUUUGCCAUUAGGUAAUCUCUCUUAUACUAAGGUUAUCAGAAAUCCUGAUGGACCAACUGAAUCCUGCUUAAUACAGGACAUGGGACUGGUGGUGGUGGUGAUGACGAAAAUUAGUAGUCUUGAGGGAGUCGAGGGAUUUUAAAGGAAUCUGCUCUUGGAUUUUUCUUUUCAAACCAGGUGGAAUUUGAUGAGAAAAUUAAAUGUCCUGAUUUCCACAUUUUAUAUGAGAGAUUAUUUAUGAAUGUCAAUUUCUGUUUUAAUAUUUCAUUGUUGGUGAAGUUGGAAAGCAAAGUUUUGAUUAUAUAUUCUUUUGGAAAUUACCUUGACUGACUAUCAGUUUGCCACUUUGGUAUAGGUUAAAAUGUGAGAGGAAUCUGCACCUGCUGGUAGAAGUGGUCGUGUGAUUGUGUGACAAUGUUCAAAUCCAUGGUUAUUUAUGUUUAAUAGCUUUUUUGCUAAUCACUUAGGUGAGCAUGUAGGCUGCUGUAGUGUCUGUGAGGACUGAGAUGUUGCUCCCUUUUGUGCAUAAAUCAAAGUUGUCCUGAAAUAGUUUAGGAAAAUAUGGGGGUUCACUAUCAACUCUUAUGCUCAUGGUUAUUUAUUUGUAACCAUUUUUAUCUCUGUGAAUCAACACACACACACACACACACACACACACACACACACACACACACACACACACACACACACACACACACACACACACACACACACACACACACAAA